CGUCACCUUAGAGGAAUUUCAAAAAGUCCCCCGCCAUGAUUGUUGUGUUGGACCGAGCCCGUCCGUUUGUUGUGCUGUAACGUUAGUUUGUUUUGUUUUUAGAGGACGGACAGAGGAGGACGUUUGCAAGAUACCCGAACAUGGACUCUCGAUUUGCUCACCUGCGCCAGCGGGACACCAGUGUGUCCAUGCUGAGGGUAAAAAUGUCCCGAAGGAGGUCUCAGUCCCAGAAGGAGAACAGAGAACGGGCCGUGAACACACGCAGGCAGCUAGACAAGCUCCCAGAGCUGGAAAUGUCUUCCUUGAAUGCCUCCAUCGCGAUGGCCAACAUGUCAAUCAUUCAUGAGAAGACAAUGAACAAUGCAAAACUUGCAAAAAAUGAGGCUAUAGAAGAGAGGUUAAAACAGCUUCAGCGUUGGAAAGAGCGUAAGGCUCUUGAGAAGGAGAAGGAAAAGAGAGAAAAGGAGCGUAAAGGGGUGUUUAAGACUGGAGUGUAUCAUCCGAAAGACAGCCUUGUUGUUGUCUCUCUGCCUGCGGUCCCAUCUGCCUCAACCAGAGCUAAGGAGACAAAUGUGAACACAGCAUCAUCCCAGAGUACCAGAGUCACUCGUUCAAUGAAACAACAGCAGCAAGUGGAGAAGCCUCUGAAGAUGCAGAAUCCAAAUACUGCAGCAAAGAAAGCUCAACCUGCUGUGGAAAGAGCAACCAGGAGCCGGGUUGCUCCUGUCAAGCCUGCAGCAGCACCAGCGCCAGCUAAGACCAAGACCAAAGUUUGUGCAGUGGAGCCUGUCGUACGAGCUUUGUCGACUAGAUCAGCCAACAGGCCUCCUGUUACAGCAGCUCCCGCGGUGAAAGAGAAACCUAAGGACAAGCCUGCAGAUGUAAGAACCACAAGGAGCAGAGCAUUUGUCAACAUUGUGCCCCCCCCUUCUGACGAAGACAAGAACUGUAAAGCGACUGUCAACAACAACACAGCCCAGCCUGCUGUGGCCAAGGAGCCUGAGCUUAAGGAGCCAGAGGAGAAAGCUCGUCCCUCUAGUCCUACACCCUGUUCUGAGGAGGAAGAAAUGGUGGUGGACCAAGCCUGUGAUGACUCUGUCCCUGUAACGGAUCCCGUCGAGGCGCCAUCCUCUUCAUCUUCUUUUGCUCCGGCUGGUUUCACCUUCCAGGCUCCUACAGGCUUGUCGUCCUUCAAGUUCGAGCCUCUCACCCCUCGCUCAGCAAGUGCCUUCCUUACACCAAGCCCCACCUUCAGUCUUCCACCUGUACCCCUGUUCAACGCUGAGCCUCAGACUGAACCAAGCAAACCAUCCCCACCCAAAUCCCCUCGUCACUCACCUCCUCGUACAUCUCCUGCUGUGGCCCCUCCAACUCCAGACAGCCCCGUGGAGUCAAAGCAUGAUGUACCAUACUUCAGAUCGGAAAUUAACAAUGAGACAGAGAGGCUGUUGACUCUGUGUGACCUCUGGGAGCCUAAAGUGGAGGAUGAAUCUAUCCCAGAAGAGAUGAGGGACAGUAUGCGUACAGCAGUCGGCCAAGCAAGGCUGUUGAUGAAAGAGCGCUUUAAGCAGUUCAGUGGCCUCGUGGACGACUGUGAGCUGGGCCGAGGGGAGAAGAUCACCACCUGCACUGACCUGCAGGGAUUCUGGGACAUGGUUUAUUACCAGGUGGAGGACGUCAACAAGAAGUUUAACGCCCUCAAAGAAGCAGAGAGCCGAGGCUGGGUGGCGGAGCACAAGCCUCCCCCACGACAAAAGAAAGUAGUGAAGAAACCAUCAGCUGCUCCCACCAAGCCGACAGGCACCAAAACAGCAGCCAGGUCUCGUCUGGCUUCCGUGAAAGCAGCCAUGAAAGCCAGGCAGCAGGCAGCUGAGGCCGAGAAGGCAGCAAAUGAUGCUGGUAACGAUGAGGAGAACGCCGUUUUAAGCUCUCAGGAACCACAACCUCAAGCAGAGGUCCAACCGGCUAAUACUGUGGUCUUUGAUGGAGGCUUCUUUCAGGUGGAGAGCCCUGCCAAACCACCGGGUUCAUUGAGGAGAUCCAGCCGUCUCAGUGCUGCUGUGCUUCCUCACGCCUCUCCCUUCUCUAACUACCUCUCACCCAGAAGAGUCACUCGACGAUCCCUUGCACUGGCACAAACCCCUCUUCACACCGCCGCUGCCGCCUCUCCUGCACAGCUCACUCCUGCCCAACUCCGUCUCACCCUCAGCCAAACCCCAGCACAAGCUCCAAAGUCCCAGCGUGGCACUCCUCAGUCAACCCAGAACAAAAAGGACACUGUAAAUGUCUCUCUUUGUUUCUCACCUGUCAAAGAAGUGCUUUCACAUGGCACCCAGGCUGAGGGAAACCCCGCAUGCCAGUCCGAAACAGUUCCUGAAUCAAACGCACCCACACAUUCACUUCCAUUCAUUUCUGUAGUCCAGGACGAACCGGCUGAAGCAGUCGAGGUUACUCCCUGCAAAACACCUCUCCCAGUGUCGCAGGCCCCUGAGCCCUCAUCAUGUCUGAGUUUCACGUUGUCACCAUGCAUGACUCCCACCCUGCCUCCCAUCUCCCCCCCUCCUGCUGUGCAGCGCAUCAUGGAGACACAAGAGUCUGUGUGUCACACACCAGACAGCUCGGUUGUCGAGGAAAUUUCCGGCUUGGACUUUGAGCGAUACCUCCAGCCUACGCUGAGAUGCAGCCUCUCACCGAAGGAGACGGUUGCCGUAGAGACACUCUCACCCAUGGCAGUGGAUGUAGAAAUGGAGAGUCCCAGAGGUCAAACUGGGGACCUGCUUACUCAGCAAGAACCAGUCACCACAGCACUGCCAGCGGUGUCUUCGUUGUUAACUCUUCAGUCACCACAGACCCAGACAGCAGAGUCUGCUCUGCUUCUCUUCACCCCGGACAUGAAGGACCGGAUACGUCAGUCUGUCUGUCCAAGUGACCUUAUGGUCUUCACCCCUCCCCUCUAAUAUGUUAAAGAGAUUUUCUUUUAUAUUUACUACUUUUAUUACCCUUUAAAAAAAAUGUAUCUGAGUGAUUCUGACUAUAUUUUUAGAUCAAAUGGAAAAUAGUUUUGUCUUACAAGACAGUCUGAUUAAAGUUCUAGUUACAACAUGGAAA